CAGGGAGGGAGCACCGCCCCGAGCGGCGAGUCCAUACCUCGGCGCCGCGGCCCCGACCCCCUCGGGUCAAGAUGGCGCUGGCGGUGGGAAUGCGGGUUGCGGCGCGCGCUCUGUUCCGCCCGUGGACCCUGCUCCGGGGUGCGGCCCUCGGGUGCACGGAGCCGGCGGCCGGCGGCGGGGACGGCGCGCGGAGUUUCGGGAGCCAGCGGGUGCUGGUGGAGCCAGCCCCGGCCGCAGGGGUUGCUGUGAUGAAGUUCAAGAAUCCUCCAGUGAACAGCCUCAGCCUAGAGUUGCUGACAGAGUUGGUCAUUAGCCUGGAGAAACUGGAAAAUGACAAGACCUACCGAGGCGUCAUCCUAACUUCGGACUGCCCCAGGGUCUUCUCAGCUGGCCUGGACCUGACGGAGAUGUGCGGGAGGAACCCAGCGCACUAUGCCGAAUACUGGAAGGCUGUGCAGGAGCUGUGGCUGCAGCUCUACCUGUCCAACCUGGUGCUGAUUGCUGCCAUCAACGGAGCCUGCCCAGCUGGAGGCUGCCUGAUCUCCCUCGCCUGUGACUACCGUGUCCUGGCUGACAAUCCCAAGUACCUCAUAGGGCUGAACGAGACCCUGCUGGGCAUCGUCGCCCCCUUCUGGCUCAAAGACACCCUUGUGAACACCAUCGGGCACCGUGCUGCGGAGCGUGCCCUGCAGCUGGGGCUGCUCUUCCCGCCGGCGGAGGCCCUCCAGGUGGGCAUGGUGGACCAGGUGGUGCCCGAGGACCAGGUGCAGAACACAGCACUCUCAGUGAUGGCCCAGUGGAUGGCCAUUGCAGACCACGCUCGACAGCUGACCAAGAAUAUGAUGCGAAAGCCCACAGCGGACCGCCUAGUGAAACAGCGUGACCCAGACAUCCAGAACUUCGUCAGCUUCAUCUCCAGAGACUCCAUCCAGAAGUCCCUGCGGACAUACUUAGACAAGCUCAAAGCAAAGAAGGACUGAGGGCCGCGCUGCCCAUGCAGGAUCUAGCCACAUGCACCCUCCCGGGAGCCCCCUGGUCCCAAGGGGUUUUAAACAAGCGGUUUCCCAAUUGAAAAGUACUUCUA